AUGGCGGCGGUUUCAAUUCUUACUUCGGCUGCAGCUUUCGACAAGCAAUGUGAAAGAGUGGGUUUGGCAGCGGAGUGGAUCGCCGCCAUGCAAGCUUCAGGCAUCACGACACUGGGUAAGUUGAGCUAUGCAGUUUCGCUCCCAGGGACGCAACCCACGGCUGACGAGAUGGAUAACUUCACUGCUACUUUGAGGCCCGGUGCAAGAGUCUCUUUGGGUGACAGUUCCGCGAUAAAGCAGCUUAUCUUCGAAGCUCAGACCAUGACGGUUGCAGAGCUCCGAGCUACCAUGCAGUCCAGUGACGAGGUGUCCCGGAAGCUUCCGGCGUCGGAGCGCUCAAUGCGCAUCGAAGAUCAGAAGCAACGCCUUAAGGGCCUCCCGUUGGAGGGCCCUUUGUCAGUAGCCCACUGCGUGUAUGACAAGCUCGCGGACAUGCGCGAGAACGAUGAGCUGAAAUACCUCUCCCCAGGUGAGUGCAUCACCCGUGAUGCUGAGCUUUGCUGUGAGAAGCCGCCCAAAGCCUUGCAGCUCGAUGCUAACAAAAUGGGCAUUGUGGUGAAGGAUGAGGAAGCCCUGGCCACCAUGUCGGCCAUGAUGAGACGGGCAUUGGCCAUGGACCUUGUUGGCUUGGCUUCUUAUGACACGGUGCAGAAGUGGAAUGAACGGCUCUUUCGCACCCGCCACCGAAUUCCAGAAGGCGUGCUCCCGCUUGACAAAGAGUUUGAGAAGCUAGAGUACAACCAAUCGGUCAUGUACUUUCUGCUACCUGUCAAAGGUAAGGGCAAGGGCUCCGGCAAGCCCGGCGACAAAGGCAAUGGAAGGAAGCGCACUCAUGACACAACAGGUGAUGGCAAAAACAAGAAGUUGAAGAUUACCCGCGACCCGAUACCAGAUGCCUUGAAGGUGUGCACAGGUGACCUCAUUGCACAUGUUGUUCCCGAAGAGUGUGAGGCACCUGUGCAACAACAGUGCCAGCCGUCAGAUGACGGCAAAUUUUGCAGUGCAAGCGCAUUUUGCGUUGAAGUUUUUGCUCGUCGUGCCUGCAUGUGUGGUUGUCUCCGAAUGGGGUUGCCAAACUCCUUUGCAGUUGGCAAGGGUUGCUCACAGGCAGCUGCGGCACCGAUCGUUCCAAUGGAUAUUCUGUCUCCGAAUUGCCUGGCCCUUUGUGCGUCAUGGGCCCGUGAACCCUCAUGUGCUUGGGUGCAUAUCAGGUGCCCUCGUUCUAUCUUUCCAAGUCGUCAGAAAUCUUCGCAUCCUUCUUGUGACGAUGCUGACCGGUGUGUGUACACAAUCUCUCAGCUUUUGAAACACUGCAAUGAUACCGGAACCUCUUGGACGGUGGAAGCUGCCUCGAGGUCAUCGUUCUGGACAACAGACUUCGGUAAGAGCUUACUGGAAUCAUCAGUCGACAUCGAUCUUAAAGCCUUUGGCUCUACAACACCGGGUUGCAUUCGAUUUGCAUCCUCCCUGCCACUCGUCCUUCGGUCCUGUGCAAGCUUUGCGGCUGCCAGUCGCCAAAAGCCUUCCACCGAUAUUGCGCUGGGGCAACUCUACCGUGCGCUUGCAUCGGUCAUGCUUGAGCAUCUGCAUGUUCGCACUCCGCCAGUGCCACCGCUUGCUGCAGCUCAGGUUGCUACAGGGAUGCAACCGCGCCGAUUCCCUCUGGCCCCCGUUCCAGAAUUUAAGCGUUUUGUGCAAGUUGCCGUGCCGCAAUGUCCACCUCUGGACUCCAAGAACCGGCUGCUGACCACUCUUCGCGUGCAGGACACUGUUGUGCCUGCUGGUUCCAAGCUUGUGCCGCCUCUUUCUCAGCUGGCUGCCGAUCCUGUAGAAGGGGGAGGUUUGAUCUGCAACCAAGUGCACCGCACUUCGCAGGUUGAAACAUCGCUCGACGAACACAAUCCAGAUGCCUCGAACAUGUCAGGUGGUGUGCAGCAGGCAGCACCCCCUCCUUGUGGUUUCGCCGGUGCCCUCCCUUCCUCUUCGGGUCUAGUGGGUGCUGCCGGUGAUAGUGUUCAUCCCUCUUGCGAUGCCGAUACAACCCCUUGCGUGCAAUCUGAUGGGCGAGCAGCACCUCCUGGUUGUGGUUCUCCCGCCUUCCCUUCUUCCCCUUCGGGUUUAGGCGGUGCUGCUCCAUUAGCUUUAAGCCCUACAUGUUCAGGCUCGCUGCUAUGCACGACCGAGUGUGAAGCAGAGAUGCUGGAUUCGAAUCUUGAUGCUAGGGUGGAUGCCAGCAGCCUUGUCAGUAUCUUCGAGGCCCUGCCAGCCGAAGUGCCAGCACGUGGCGUUGAUGAUGCUCGUGAGAAAGCUUGGACUGCGGGAGCUUAUUCCCAGAACAAGCUAUGUGGUCUGCGGAAGCAUACCAGAGCUUUCCCUCGUGUUGUCUCUGCUGCUGUCAGGUACUUGCGUGGUUGCUUCCCAGGUGCGUGCUUCGCGACGAUUGCUUUUUAUUCCAACGUUUGCACUCCGAUGCACAAGGAUUCGAAUAACUUGGAGGGCACACUGAACUACGUUGCUCCCCUCACCUCUUUCAAAGAUGGAGGCAUUUGGGUGCAAGAUGACGAGGGCAAUCAUUCCCGGAUGACGCCAUGCGGCCAAUCCAGAGGCCGUGUCCUGCAAGUUUGCGAGGGCCCCGUGCAUUUUGAUGCACACCGCUUUCAUUGCACAAUGCCCUGGCUUGGAUCAAGAAUCGUCUUGAUCGGCUUCACUCCGAGAAAUCUUUCGUCGCUGAAACAGUGUGACACUAGGCUUCUUCUAGACCUGGGCUUUCCGCUGCCAGGUCACAACCCAUCGAUCCUGCCAGCCAUUGCGCCGCCUCAGGUCGAGAUGGCUAACGACCCACAGGUUGGUCUUGCCAAGGAGCGGGAUCGAGAGAAGUGUACCGUGACGUUUGGCGUGUAUCAUACUGAAAGCGAGUUCGUGCGUGCAGCCGUGAAGGCGGGUCACCCUAAAGCGAUGAUCGACUCGAUGCCAGCACAUCUUGAGUCUUGCAUAGAUCUGGUGGCGAAGGCCCCACCGAGUGCCAUCGUCCAGCGGCGCAAGCAGUGGCUGGAUAAGUGGACUGCCCGUGCUGCUGAGAUAGGUGUGCGUCCUGACCCUAUUUGGGAAGUCGAGGACUCGCACAUGAGGGAGGUGCUGCGAAGCAAGCGUCUGCAGCUGUUGGAUGAGAUUAUCGCGGGCGAGGGCUAUGAGGAUGUGAGCUUAGCUAGUGACAUAAGAUCAGGUUUCGACCUCGUGGGGACAUCGCCGGUGUCGAACGUGCUGCCUGGGAAAGUGUCUCCAGCAUCCCUCCACCCAGACGAUGUCAGCGCUGCCGCGGGCCGCGCAAAUGAAGCCCUUCGGAUGUCGCUUGGUUCAUCGGGUGAUCACGCCACCGACUUGAAGUUGUGGGAAAAGACGAUGCAGGAGGUAGAGAGGGGCUGGCUCGUGGGCCCAUAUGGUUGGGAUGACUUGCCCGACGGGUAUGUCGUAUCGCAUCGUUUCCCUUUGUGGCAGCACGACAAGCUGCGGCCCAUUGACGACUACAGCCGAAGCGGGGUGAAUGCAUGUGUUACCACGCUAGAGCAGCCCACAGUAGACACUGCAGAUGUGGCGGCUGCCAUGUUUGCCAAACUGUGCGAGGGACUCGGAAAAGCCAAGCGACCCUCUUGGAUCAAAGGCCGUUCUUUCGACUUGACCGCUGCAUAUCGGCAGCUAUGUGUUUCCACUGCCUCCAGAAAGUUUGCCGUGAUUGCCGUUUACAACCCUCACACGGGGAAGACAUGCCUUUUCACACAAAUUUGCCUCCCGUUCGGUUCCCGAGCAUCGGUCAACGGCUUUAUCAGGUGCUCUCGGUGCAUCCAAUGGUUAGCGACGCGCUGCCUCCUUGUGCCCACGACUUCAUAUUACGACGACUUCAUAGUCGCGUCGCCCGACUGCCUAGCAGACAACACUGGAAGCACGAUGGAGCUUCUGUUCCAGUUGUUAAGGUGGGUAUUUGACACAGUGGGCCCGAAAGCCGACACCUUCUCUCGAGACGUCUCGGCUCUUGGAUUGCACUUCGACUUGUCUGAGAGCGGGGAUGGUGUCGUCACGGUGGACAACACCGAGAAGAGGAAGAAGGACAUCCAUGCUUUGGUUUCAGACGUGCUUGUCAAGGGCCUUCUCUCUUAUAAGGGUGGCAUGGAGUUGCGUGGCAAACUUGCUUUUGCAAACUCGCAGGUCAUGGGUAAAGCCGGGCAUUACGCCCUCAAGCACGUCAGCGCACACGUGCAUGCAUACCCUUUUGUACCGAAGUUGAGUGCUGCCACCACUAAUGCACUGAGCUUUCUGAUGGCUCGCAUACUUGAAGGACAACCCAGAAGGAUUCAUAAGCCGCUAGGCCUGCCAUGGUUCGUGUACACCGAUGCGAGUUUUGAGCCUGACUAUACCGGAGGUUUAGGUCCAGGUGGCGUGUUGAUCUCGCCUUCGGGUUCCGUAGUUGGGUGGUUUUCACUGCUCCUGAAGAGCACCGACAUUCGCCCUUUGCUGCCCUUGAAAGCCGAGACAGGCAUCGGCGAGUUGGAAGCGAUUGCGGUUGUACUCGCAUUCCAGUUGUGGGAGGAACACUUGAAGUCCACCGAAUGCGUGGCAUACCUCGACAAUGAAGGUGCCCGGAGUUCGCUCAUCAAAGGCUGCUCAUCGUCUUGGUCUAUCACGCGGAUCUGUCAUAUCUUCGCUAAGACUUGUGAAUCGCACACAGUGCUGCCCUGGCUGGCACGUGUCCCGUCGUGCAGCAAUGUGGCAGACCACCCCAGUAGAGGUAAGGACUGUAGUAUGCUUCCUCGUAGUCGUGCAGCUACAGAGCCGAGCGUGAGAGCUCUUUUCGACAGCUUGGUGCAGUCCAUCAUAACCCUGUCCUAA